AUGGUCUCUAUCGCGCAAUCCGCUAUUUCGAAUCUAAAAGAGGCCGGCUUAGGAGAUGUCUUGUAUACCCGUGGUCAGCAGACUUACGAGGCUCAAGAGGAAUCCUACUGGUCAUUAACGCCCCGUCAACGACCCUGGGGUAUCGUGCAGCCCCGGAAUACGGAAGAGGUUUCCAAGAUAGUAAAGGCUCUGGUGAGAACAGCUGGCUGCAAGUUUGCUGUCCGUAGUGGUGGCCAUAUGGUACACGCGGGGGCGGGCAACGAUAUCGAAGACGGUGUGACCAUUGAUCUUGGCCUCAUGAAGGGGACGACUUACCACCCAGAAACUGGAUUUGCGUCAAUACAACCCGGUGCCAGAUGGAAGGACGUCUAUACAGAUGUAGAGAAGCACGGAGUAAUGGUUGCUGGUGGCCGUGAGGGAAUGGUCGGCGUUGGAGGUUUUCUAACUGGCGGUGGGUUGACAUUUUACAACUGUCGCUAUGGGUGGGGCUGUGACCAAGUUGUCAAUUACGAAGUCGUUUUGGGCGACGGAAGCGUAGUCGAAGCCAAUAGUACAACGAAUUCGGACCUCUUCCGUGUUCUGAAGGGAGGCAAUAACAACUUCGGCAUAGUCACGCGGUUUGACAUGCAAACCUUCAAAGCGUCCAAUAUCUGGGACGGCAGCUCCGUGAUCUCUCCAGCCUAUACCGACCAGGUCAUCGAAGCAUAUGUCGACUUUUCGACGAAUCUCGUCAAGAACGGCGAUAGCCAUGUUCUCACGAUGUUCACUUUUAUACCUUUUGUUCAAGAGCAUAUCAUAAAUAUCCUCUUCACUAGUCUCGACGGGGUCGAGAACCCGCAAACCACCCGGAAGUUCCUGGAGAUCCCCGGUCAGCAGAAUGUAAAAACUACGACUAUAGCGAAUAAAAUAGCAGGUUUCAUUCUUCCUUCGGGCAAGUAUGAUUUCUGGAUGACGAUUACCUUCAAGUUCGACCAUCGAAUCAUACGUAGAACAGUCGAUGCGUACGAGACCUUAUUAGGACAACUAAAAGAGGCCAUUACGGAUAACAGUUUUGGCGUGAACAUGGUCCUUCAGCCAUUGCUUGCGUCCUGGACGCAGCAUUCCUUGGAUCGAGGUAGUAACAUGCUUGGGCUCGAGCGGAUAACGGAGGACUGCGUCAUAGUCGUGGUCGGAGUCGAAGUCGCAACGUCCGAGUUAUCUGACAAGGUCAGCGAGCCUGCGACAAGAGCGAUGUUUAGUGAGGUCGAAUCGUACGCCAAGUCGCUCGAUAAAGACGUCGGAUUUCUGUAUCUAAAUUACUGUGAUGGAUCGCAAAACCCUCUCGGCAAUUACGGUGAGGAAAACGUUAAAAAGAUGAAAGAAGCGUCAGCGAAAUACGAUCCGAUCGGAGUAUUCCAGGAGCGCGUUCCGGGCGGUUAUAAAAUUUCCAUGAUGAAAUGAAGGUGUCACGAGAUCGAACAGACGAUAGAGGCAGCGUGAAACCAAUGCCAUGAUCCAAGUUUCGUUACUUGUUAUAUCUAAAUAUGAGGGAGGUAUUACCGUUGACGAUGAGGCUCGUACCGAAUA